ACAUAAAUAACACUGUGCCGAGGCAUCCAGUUCGAACCAGUCUUUUGUACCGCCAGAGCACAGCAAAGCCUGAUAACACCCUGGGAAAGUGCCAAUCUUCUCAUCUGUAAGGAACCCGAAUGCACAAAACGAACAGCUAUUGCUGGGGAAGGAAAUCCACUGGCUAGGCAUUGGUAGCGGUGGAUUUACAAAACGCUGUACAAGUGACAAUGGCAAUGACAGAUCAAAAAAGCUUUCAUAUCAACACGCCACUUCAUGAGAGUCUCUCGCUCUCUAAGGUGGCAGGGACAAGAGUCUACAUCAAACUUGACAAUGUGCAGCCAACUGGCUCCUUUAAGAUAAGAGGAAUUGGGCAUUUCUGUAUAAAGGCUGCAGAGAAAGGCUGCAAACAUUUUGUAUGCUCUUCUGGAGGGAAUGCUGGCCUAGCUGCUGCCUUUGCUGCUCAGAAGCUCCAGAUCCCUGCCACCAUUCUGGUUCCGAGUAGCACACCAGCAUUUACUGUUCAGAAAUUGAGAGAUCAUGGAGCCUUUGUGGAAGUGGUCGGUAAGGUUUGGGAUGAUGCUAAUAAGGAAGCAUUAAAACUGUCUGAAAAUGAUGGCUGGGUGUACGUUUCACCUUUCAACCACCCACUGAUUUGGGAAGGGCAUGCCACCGUUGUGAAAGAACUUUGGGAGUCACUACAUUGCAAACCUGGAGCUAUUAUCCUGUCGGUUGGAGGUGGUGGUCUUCUCUGUGGAGUGGUCGAAGGGCUGAAGAAAGUGGGUUGGUGUGAUGUGCCUGUAAUUGCCAUGGAGACUAAAGGUGCAGAGAGUCUGAACGCAGCAGUGAAGGCUGGGAAAUUGGUCACCCUCCCCGAUAUCACAAGUGUAGCUAUAACCCUAGGAGCUAAAACUGUAUGUGAGAAGGCACUUCAGAAUGCGCAGGAGCACGAUAUUCUCCCUGAGGUAAUCAGUGACCAGGAAGCUGUGCAAGCAGUGGAGAGAUUCCUAGAUGAUGAAAGGUUUUUGGUUGAGCCGGCCUGUGGUGCAUCGCUAGCUGCCAUUUACACUGGAACAAUCCAGCGACUGCAGAAAGAAGGACGGUUGGCCCAGGAUCUACAGUCAAUAGUUGUCAUUGUCUGUGGUGGAAGCAGCAUCACAAUGGCACAGCUCAAAGAAUAUAAAAUACUACUUGGACAAAGCUAAACACAAUUGUUUUUUACUGAAUUUAGCACUUCUCUUAUAAACUGUCUUUGUCUGCCAGACAGUAAUCAUGUGAAAUCAAAUGACUGGAAUUGUUGGGGAAUGCCGGGUCCCUGGUGAAUUGAAUGGAUGUGGCGAGCUUCCCAUUUCUUAUCAUUUGUCCAGUCUCUUCUCAACAACAUUUGUGUUUCUUUCAACACUCCUUUUACUUUAACAAUUUCUAGUUUCUCAGCCCUGACUGUAUUCUUUUCACCAUGGUUGUUCAGUCUCUCUAUUCUUCAUCCCCCAACUUAAAUGAAACCCAAUCAGUCUCCAUCUACUCCCAUCCGAACUCACCAGGCUGAACUUGUUCUCAUAUUGAUCGACUUGCUUUUUGCCUCAACUCACUUUCUCCGAAUAAUACAUGGCACCGUGGGAACCCCUGUGGGUCCUAGCUUUAAUUCUUACAUGGGUGCCCACCCCUUGGAUUGAUUGGUUUUCAUUUCAGAGUUAGUCACAUUGUGCUGGAUCUGGAGUCUCAUGUAGGCCAGACCAGGAAAGGACAGCACAUUCCCUUCCCUGAAGGAUAUUAGUGAAUAAGAUAGAUUUUUAUGACAAUUAAUGAUAGUCUCAGAAAUGAUCACCACAAAACUAACUUUCAAUUCCAAAUUUUAUUUAUUGAAUUUACAUUAUGCUUGGGGCAUGGGGGCCAUUUGAAUCCAUGUCUCUAGUGAACUAGCCUGUCUGUCUGGAUUAAGAAUCCAGAAACACUCCCACAAUACCACCAUGUCACCUUCUGUGGUAUGUGCAGUAAGUCCCUUAUUCCAGUCUUAUUCCCUCAUUUAUUUUUCCGUACUUUGAUUUAGCAGUGCUAUUUCCUACUCUUGAAUUGAAACAGAAAGUUUAAUUGACUUUGCUUCCAAUUUUGCGCACUUCCUUUAACUUCCAAUGGUCCACUUGGCUCUUCCCUUCAUUUUCUAAACUUCUGUGUGCUAUUCCUGAAGUAGAUUAUCAACCAAUAUUCUCUUUAUGCCUCCUGACUCUAGCAGACUACAAUUCCUGAAGGAAGACUAUUCCAUUUUCCCACGUUGUCAGUUAUAUUUGUUCUGAUAAUGCCACAUUCCAUGCCAGUGCUGUCUUCACCCUCAAUUUAAAAUUUCAAUUCACCAUGGUUGACGGGACUCCUGACUAUGUCUUUUCCAUUUCCCAACUUUCUGCGCUUGCCCCUUUCCCUUCCCUUAUAGAACGAUUAUGGGAUUGCUGUCAUUUUUCCAUCCCAUCACCCUCCAUGUUCAAUGGAUCACCUUCCCAAUUUUGAUUGCCUGCAGCAUAAUGUCACCACCAAACGUGUCUUUCUUUCCCAUUCGGCAAUCGGAAUUCUUGGUCCUCAAUAUACUAAUCAACUCCUCGAUCACUCUCAACAUUCCCGUGCAAGUGCCAUUUUGUCUCCUCUCUUCAAAUUGUCCAAGCUCCAGAUGCUUCUUCCCGGUGAAACAGUGACAUACUUGCACUUCCAGUUUAUUACACUGUGUUUGCUUCUCAUGAUACAGUCUUCUCUGCAUCACAGAGAUCAAACACUGAUAGGGGACCAUGUUGUGGAAUACCUCUGUUCAGUCCACAGUCACUACCCUGAGCUUCUGGUUGACUGCCACCUUCAUUCUCUGUUCCACUCUCACUUCUUACUUUCUAUUGUUGGCCUCCUGGACUGUUCCAAUGGAACUCAAUGUCAACUUCGGAAACAGCAAUCCCCCUUUCAAUCUAGUACUUUACAGACUUCUGAACUCCACCUUGAUAAUGAAAUUAUUGAACCUAUAAUUUCUGCUUCAACUUUCCUUGAUCCACUUACAUUUUGUCCAGAUCCAACUUUUGUUUCUUUACUUAUUCUGUUACAAUCUCCUUUAAACAUGCACUAUCACCUCUUUGUCAUUUCAUUUUUCUCCCCUUGUACUUUAUCACUGAUCUUCCCUUUCUUCUUUUUUCUCUUACUCCUUUCCCUACAUCAGUACUUGCUUAAAAUCUGUUGCAUCUUUAAAGGUAUUGACCUGAAAUGUUACAUUUCUGUCUGCUGCCUGAUGUUGGGUAUGUCCAGCAUUUUCUGUUUUAAUCUUGGCUGGACUUUAUUCCUAUGUCUUGCAAAGCAGCUUUGAAAUAUUUCAAAGUUUUAUAUCUCAAACCCAUUCUUGACAAAGUGCUCCUUCCCAGUGAUGUUGUCCUGCUUUCUUUGCCAUCACUGCCCGUCCUAAUCUCGCUUGGAUUGGAUCAAGCAGGGCAAGAGGGAAUGUGAAAAACAAUCGGAAUCAUUGUAAUGGAUGAGUGAGAUGGGAAGGACAGAUGGAAAGCAAAGAGCAGGGGGAUGAUGUAAAGGCAACCUUUAGUUAGAUGAUUAAAUAAAUGAAAAUAUGUGUAAUUAUUGUACUGGGAAAAAGUGUUAAGCAAUUAUCUGUGUAAAAAGAAUUAUAAUAACAUUUUUCUUUUGGAAGAUUUGAUGAUUUUUGAUUCUCUCUAAUAUUCAUGUUUAUAUGGUAGCCCUGGGUUUGCAGCUGAAACCGUUGAGCUUUGAAAGCUGUUAAUUAUUUUGCUUGUCAUCAUGGUGAGAUCCAGGCUAUUGGAUUAGUGACAAUCAUAGAAACUUCAAAUGUUAUUUUCAAAUGGCAGUGAAACAUUUCAAAGUUCUAUUCUGUGCGUGCAUGAAGUGAUUCGGUGUGUUCAUUCCUUGGGGCAGUGUUGUAAUCUAAUCCAAUUCGACUCAGCUGGCUGGACAACCACUCAUUCUGGUGGCUACAAAGAGGAAUAAAUAUUGGCAUUUAAUGUCAUUAUAAUGUUCCUGAAA